UCACGUUAAAAGGUUUAAUCGGUGGACGCCUGAAGCUCCAAACCCUAACUAGUCAAAUCGGAGUGAGUCAGGGGGGAUUCCGGUUCCUUAACAUGCGAUCCCCUGCAUCGCUCUGCGGCACAUCACGGCGUAGAAACUUCAACCCCUGUGAUCAACGAUGGAGGUCUUGAAAGACGAAUUUUCGGAGCUAGAGAUUGGGAAUUCAGUGGAGUCAUUCCAGAAAUUUCUGGUUUCGCAAAGGGAGCUCUUUCAUAGCCAGAUCGAUCAGCUUCAGAAAAUCGUCGUUACGCAAUGCAAACUCACUGGCGUCAAUCCUCUCUCUCAAGAAAUGGCAGCUGGCGCUCUGUCAAUAAAAAUUGGGAAGAGACCCAGGGAUUUGUUAAAUCCAAAAGCUGUAAACUACAUGCAGUUAGUAUUCUCCAUUAAAGAUGCAAUCAGUAAGAAAGAAUCUCGUGAGAUCAGUGCUUUAUUUGGCGUCACAGUGACACAGGUUCGCGAAUUUUUCAAUAGUCAACGUUCAAGAGUGAGAAGACAAGUUCGGUUAUCAAGGGAAAGAGUGUUAAGAUCUAACUACUGUGAAGAACCUCGUGAUGGGUUCACAACUAACUCUGGUUCUAUGAUGCCAAUUAAUCCAGCUCCCUUAAACUCUGCUGGUCCUAUCAGCGUAGAUGAAGCUUCUUGUUCAACACAGGAGACUUCAUUUUCUGGCUUAAAUGGCUCAGAGAAACAUUUUGUUGAUAAUAUUUUUAGUUUAAUGCGGAAAGAGGAAACAUUUUCAGGCCAGGUGAAAUUGUUGGAGUGGAUAUUGAAGAUACCGAAUGCUUCAGUAUUAAUUUGGUUUUUAGGUUGUGGAGGUGUGAUGAUAUUAGCAGCUUGGUUGAAUGAAGCAGCUGUUGAAGAGCAAACGAGUGUUCUUCUUCUUAUUUUAAAGGUCCUUUGUCAUUUGCCUCUACACAAAGCCCUUCCUACGCAUAUUUCAGCUAUAUUGCAGUGUGUUAAUAGACUUCGGUUUCACAGAACGUCAGACAUAUCAAACAGGGCGCGGGUUUUGUUAUCUAACUGGAGUAAAUUAUUAGCGAAGAACCAAGCAAUAAAGAAAACCACUGGUGUGAAACCUGGUAGUGAGGCUCAAAAGGAGAUGGUUGGUCAGAGGGUUUGUCAAAUUAUGGGCACUGAAUCAUGGAACUCAAAUGUCGAUAUUCCUGAGGACAUUCUUUCCCUUUCAAAUGAAGGUUCAGAUGAUCUCAGGAAAUCAGAAGCGCCGCAGAGUGUGAAAUUAUUGACAGCUUCUUCUGAUGAUUCUACUAAGAAGUCUGUCCUAGGCCUAUCACUGUCUCAGACUAGGGAGCGCAGAAAAGUGCAGUUAGUGGAGCAGCCAGGCCAAAAGACAGUGAGCAGAAGUCCUCAAGCUGUAAGGGCAGGGCCUGUAAGUCAAGGUCGUCCCAUGUCUGCUGAUGAUAUCCAGAAAGCAAAAAUGCGUGCUUUAUUUAUGAAAAGCAAAUACGGGAAACCUGGUUCAUCUAAAGGAAGUAAGGAAGCAAAGACUGAUGGUCUGAACAAACCUCAGACAAAUCGGGCUGGUCUUGGGGCUUCCUCAUGUAAAGUUCCUGUAUCAACCAAAACUGAUGAAGGCAGCAAACUUCUGUUGCUUCCUUCUAAAACUUCUAAUAUGAAGGAUGCUUCUUCUGAAUCAUACUCAAGAAUGGAUUUGAAGGAACCUUUCUGGGAGAAGUGCAAGCAGGUGCAAAUCCCAUGGAAGACACCAGCAGAAGUGAAACUUAACGAUACCUGGAGAGUUGGUGCUGGUGAAAACAGCAAAGAGGUUGAUGUUCAGAAAAGUAGAAAUCGGAGGGGAGAAGAGAUAAUUUAUCAGACUAUCCAGGAGAUACCGCUUAAUCCCAACGAGCCAUGGGACCUCGAAAUGGACUAUGAUGACACGUUGACCCCAUCAAUUCCUAUUGAGCAGCUACCUGAUGUUGAGGGUGCAGAAGCACCAGCUCCUGCUAAUGAAGGUAUUCAAGUGGCGAACCCUUCAUCUUCCAACGCUAAUGUAAAUGUUGCUGAGCCUGAUCUGGAGCUGCUUGCUGUACUUCUUAAAAAUCCCGAGUUGGUGUUUGCACUGACUUCUGGACAAGCUGGUAGUAUACCGAGUGAGGAAACGGUAAAGCUGCUUGACAUGAUCAAAAAAGGUAGCGUCCAUUUGGCUGACAAUACAAAUGGCAGCAUUGGUGGAAAGGCGCAGGAGAAGGCGGAAGUUUCUCUUCCUUCUCCAACUCCUUCUAACGAUCCAAGAACGAGUGGGUGGACGACAGAAGCUACAAAGAAUCCUUUUUCACGCCACAACACGGCGCCUGACAGAAGCAUCAGCUUUCCAGCAGCUGCAACCAACGCCAUUGUAUUGCCUCAGGUUCCAGCAGCCCCUGGCUUGGCAGUACGACAACAUCGAACUGAUUCACUGUCUCAAGCGCCUAAUGUUGUUUCUGCUCUUCCCUCUGUGCAUCCAACUCUGCUUACCAAUUCUCCAACCCAAAUGCUAUCAUCGAACAUAGGUUUAAGUACCAUGAUGAACGACGUAAUACCUGCGAAUGCAUCGUCUGUUAACUUAUCCACUGCACACUCACCUUUAGCUAUGCGGGUAGAUAGCACCGGUAUCAGUAGUAAUGUAAAACCAAUAGCUAAUUUGAGAAUACAAGAGGGAUUGUCUAAUUCACAUCUUCAAUCUUAUGACCUGCCAUCACCAACUCCGACACCAUCACCAACACCAAGUUCAGUCACACCCCCACAGGGGCAUGCCCAUUUAUUGCAGCCGCCCCAUUUUUAUGAACCUUCCUCUCACAACGCUCUACAUUCCUACCCUCCUCCUAUGGAGAAACAAGGUCAUGUUUCAGAGUCUUGGAGACUUAGACAGGAUAUAUCCUCCAGUUAUCAUUCUCAAGUAAAUCAAAACACUUAUAACGCGUCAGUUGAAAGACCCAAGCGAUCCGGUUAUUCGUGGGAGAGAAAUGAUUAUGGAGGAGGAGGAGGAGGAGAAUUUGAAUCAUGGAGUCCAGAUAAUAGUCCAAGUAGAAAUAAUGGGUAUAUCAGAGGGAGGAGUUUACCUGAUUCCAGAAUGAACCCGGGGAGUAACUAUAGGCCUGAAUGGUCAAGACAUCGGGGUUCUUCUGGUUACUGGGAUCCCAGUAGACAAGGAAGCAGGAAGUGGCACGAUCAGAGGUGAUCUUAGGGUUCCGCUCGAUUUGGUGUGAUGGAUUGGUUUCCUUAUUGGGCAAUUUUCACAUGUACAGAGAUGGAUUCUGAUUGAGAUGAUAUUCCUGUGGAUGAUUGGAGACAUAGUAGGCAAUGACAUUACAGUUAUUGCUACUGCUUUAUCUGCAGGGUCUUGACUUUGUAUUGCUUGUCACAAUAUGAAAAUGAUCUAGAGUCUCGCAAAGCAGAUCUCUUCCUUCUAAAGAAACUUAUUUCUUCCUUCAUAUGUAUAGUUUUCUCCAAUAGAUUUAACUAUUCAAUAUAUCGAGGUUUACAAAUGAGGGAAAAAGAUAAGGUACAAGGAAUUGAUGAAGGCUGCUUGUAUUGUUGAAGGGUCUUUUUCAGUUUUAAAUUUUAGAUUUACUCAGAAUUUAACGAUGCAAGGUAUAAUUCAUAUCAUGUUU